AUGCCAGAACCUCGCUUCUUGGAGCCGGGCAAAGGGCGCAUUGCCCGCGAGGGCCGUGAUGGCACACUGGCCAUUCUCUCUAUCGGAGGUCGCUUGCGCGAAUCUCUCAAGGCUGCGGAGGAGCUCGAGGAAAAGUACGGAAUAUCGGCCACUGUGGCUGAUGCUCGUUGGGUGAAACCUCUGGACAAGAAGCUUGUUGGUUGGCUUGCAGCAGACCAUCGCGCUGUCAUCACGAUCGAGGAAAAUGCUAUUGGAGGCUUUGCUGCCCAGGUGCAGCAGGUCCUUCUAGAUGAAGGAUAUCUCGAUGGCCUUGGCAAAACGCCAAUAGCCUUGCGAAGCAUGGUCCUUCCAGAUAGGUGGAUCGAUCACAACACUCCUGAGCUUCAGUACGAUGAUGCGAAGCUCAACGCACAGCACAUAAUUGACAAGGUAUGGCAAAAUCAGAGACCCUGCAUUGGUGAUUUUGUAAUUACCCUAAUACAUCAAGUUUCCCAAAAAUCUAGAAACCAAAUCAUUAGUCAGUAG